UUCAUGUGACAAGCUCCCGUUUCUUUUGAGAGUCAUUUUGGCCAGCCUCCUGCUGCUUGGGACAUCUUUGGAGUGAGCGCCACACUUCAGGGUGACAUGAGGACCCCUGCCCUCGCUGCCGUAAGAUGGCUGUUCUGGGCGCCCCUGGUGUGCUCUGUGGCAAUGCAGCAGCUGCAGAGAGACCCGACCCUGGACCACCACUGGGAGCUCUGGAAGAAAGCCAAUGAGAAAGAAUACAAGGACCAGAAUGAAGAAGAAGCGCGACGUCUCAUCUGGGAGAAGAAUCUGAAGUUUAUAAUGAUUCACAAUCUGGAAUAUUCUAUGGGAAUGCAUACAUACACCGUGGGCAUGAACCAUAUGGGAGACAUGACCACUGAAGAAGUCUUGUAUCAGAUGGGCUCUCUGAGAAUUCCCAGCAAGUCUAGGAGAACUGGCACUUUCAAGUCAAGCUCUAAUCAGACAUUGCCUGACUUUGUGGACUGGCGAGAGAAGGGCUGCGUCACUGAUGUGAAAUACCAGGGUUCUUGUGGGGCCUGCUGGGCUUUCAGUGCCGUGGGGGCCCUUGAAGGGCAGCUGAAGCUGAAAACGGGGAAGCUGGUGUCCCUCAGUGCUCAGAACCUGGUGGAUUGUGCGAGCGAAGAGAAGUACCGGAAUAAAGGCUGCGGGGGCGGCUUCAUGACCCAAGCUUUCCAGUACAUCAUCGACAACGGAGGCAUCGAUUCCGAAGCUUCCUAUCCCUACAAAGUCACAGAUGAAAAGUGUCACUAUGACUCAAAAAAUCGAGCUGCCACAUGUUCAAGGUACAUCGAGCUCCCCUUCGGCGACGAGGAUGCGCUGAAAGAAGCAGUGGCCACUAAAGGGCCUGUCUCUGUGGCCAUCGACGCCGGCCAUUCCUCCUUCUUCCUCUACAAAAGUGGUGUCUACGACGACCCCUCCUGUACCGAGGAUGUGAAUCACGGUGUUCUCGUGGUUGGCUAUGGGACUCUGGAUGGGAAGGACUACUGGCUUGUGAAAAACAGUUGGGGCCUUCAUUUUGGUGAUCAAGGAUAUAUUCGGAUGGCAAGGAAUAAUAAAAACCAUUGUGGGAUCGCUAGCUACUGCUCUUACCCAGAAAUCUAAGCCGUUUCUUCUUUUUCUAAUGAGUCACAAAAAUGGAAUAUACUCUAACUUAAUUUUGCCUGCUCUAUCCAGAGGAACCAAGUGUGUCGUGAUCAAUGUGUACUGUACUAACUAGGUUAUAGCUAGUUUGAUUUAACUUUACUUCUCUCUGAAAAGUCUGUAAACAAGAAUGUACUGUGGAUGGAGCUCUGUCAGAGUCUGUCCCCAGGGUAUUCUUUCUACAUUUACACCUUGUCUUCUAAUGUUUUCUAAUAACCAUUUGUAACAUAAUAUCCCCAAAGUGCUUAAUAAAAUCUGUCAUUUCAAAUCUC